AAGAGUUUCUAAAUGUGGCUGCUGCUGUGAUAAGAAGCUGUGAUGAGGAGAAAGUCUUCAGAAAGUCACAGUUGUGUGUCCUGUCGGCUGUGUUUCACUGCAGUGCUCUCAGUUUUAUGAGUUUUUAUGAUGUCUGAUGAAGAAGAAGCUGCUCACACAGAUGGAGGUGUUGAUCCAAACACACAGGACCUUCACAAGCCCGUCACGGGUGAUCCAGAUCAGCAUGAUCUAGACCUGCAUGAUCAAGACCACGUAAAUUCAGAUGUGUUUGAGCCAGACCAACGUGAUUUAGACCAGUGUGAUCUAGACAUGCAUGAUCGAGACCUAUGUGAUCCAGACCAGCAUGAUUCAGACCAACAUGAUCCAGACUGGCGUGAUCCAGACCAGCGUGAUUCAGACCGGCGUGAUCCAGACCGGCGUGAUUCAGACCAGCGUGAUUCAGACCGGCGUGAUCCAGACCGCCGUGAUUCAGUCCAGCGUGAUUCAGACCAGCGUGAUCCAGACCGGCGUGAUUCAGUCCAGCGUGAUUCAGACCAGCGUGAUUCAGACCAGCGUGAUUCAGACCGGCGUGAUCCAGACCGGCGUGAUUCAGUCCAGCGUGAUUCAGACCAGCGUGAUUCAGACCGGCGUGAUCCAGACAUGCAAGAUCGAAACCUAUGUGAUCCAGACCUGCGUGAUUCAGAUCAGCGUGAUUCAGACCAGUGUGAUCCAGACCGGCGUGAUUCAGACGGGCGUGAUCCAGACCGGCAUGAUCCAGACCGGCAUGAUUCAGACCAGCGUGAUUCAGACCGGCGUGAUCCAGACCGGCGUGAUUCAGUCCAGCGUGAUUCAGACCAGCGUGAUUCAGACCGGCGUGAUCCAGACAUGCAAGAUCGAAACCUAUGUGAUCCAGACCUGCAUGAUUCAGAUCAGCGUGAUUCAGACCAGCGUGAUCCAGACCGGCGUGAUUCAGACGGGCGUGAUCCAUACCGGCAUGAUCCAGACCGGCGUGAUUCAGACCAGUGUGAUCCAGACCAGCGUGAUCCAGACCAGCGUGAUUCAGACCGCCGUGAUCCAGACCAGCGUGAUCCAGACCAGUGUGAUCCAGACCAGCAUAUGCCGAGCUCAUUCACCCAUCAGAAUGUCAUCAAUGAAAUCAUUCAGUCAUGUGUGGAGGCCUUCACUCAGGAGAAUGAAGAUUCUGUGAUCUGUGAUGCUCUCAUUGAGGACACACAGACCCAUGAGGACACGUCAACACCUCCUGAGAAGCCCUAUGAAAACAGCAGAAAGAAGCUUGUGAAGAAUUUACAGCCAUGUGUUCCUGAAACAUUAGACAUUCAACACACUGGAAAAAUCACACAACUUUACAGUGAGAGACAGUACCGAGAGGAGGGCCGGGGAGAUUUGUGUGUCAAUCUCUACUCACUGCUGCCUGACACACAAGAAACUCAGUUUGCUCGAGAGAUGUCAAACAUUCAGAGUCAGGUGAAAUAUAAAGCUGAUGGAAAGAAGAAUCUUUGUAGUAGUUUGUACUCACAGAUGCCAGAUACCAUUGAAACUCAACACGCUAAAUUAAUGACAGAUCUACAGAGUGAUAAUAAAUAUAAAGAGGCCUGCAGGAAAGAUGUUUCCAAAUGUCUGUAUUCACAACUGCCAGAAACACUUGAGACACAACACGCCAGAGAUGCCUACUUGCUUCAGAGUGAGAUAAGUUAUAAGGAAGGACAGUUGUGUGUGAACGGCUCAUUGUUCUCUACACUGCCUGACACUCCAGACAUACAGUUUGCCAGAGAGAUGACCGACACAAUCAGUGAGAAUAAAUACCGUGAGCAGGGCAGGAGGAGUAUGAGCAGCAGUGUUUACUCUCAGCUUCCUGUGACGUCUGACAGUGAGUUCAGCAGAAGCAUCAGUGAUCUCCAGAGUGAGGUGAAAUAUAAAUCAGGUGCUAAAGAUCAGAUGAGCAGAUCUCUGUACCAUCAACUGCCUGAAACUUUAGAAACUCAACACGCUAAAGAAGCUUCACAGCUCCAGAGUCAGCUGAAGUACAGAGAGAGCCGUAAAGAGCAGAUGGACACAAGUUUAUAUUCACUGAUGUCACAGACGCCACAAAACGAGUUUGUCAAACAUCAGAUGGAACUGCAGAGUCAGAUGAAAUAUAAAGAAGAUUUGAAGGAGAACUGCAGUAAUCUUUACUCUCUCAUGCCUGAAACACUGGACACACAGUUUGCCAAACACACGGGUGAAAUGCAGAGUGAUGUGAAAUAUAAAUCAGGUGCUAAAGAUCAGAUGAGCAGAUCUCUAUACCAUCAACUGCCUGAAACCCUCGAAACUCAACACGCUAAAGAAUCUUCACAGCUCCAGAGUCAGAUGUCAUAUAAAGGUGUGAGGAAGGGCGAUUUCUCUGGUUCCAUCUUCACUGCGGUGCCAGAUUCAGUUGAGAUGAAGUUUGUUCAGGACGUCCAACAUGUUAUCAGCGAGAUAGAGUAUCGUGAGGAAGGAAAGAAAAGUCUCUCGUCCAGCAUUUAUUCACAGAUGCCAGAGACACCAGAAACUCAGUUUGUGAGAUCUGUCACUGAACUUCAGAGCGAGUUGAAAUAUAAGAAGUCUGAAAACGCAAACAACAUGCUGUAUUCCACCCUGUCAGAGACGCUGGACACACAACACGCUAAACACGCUACUGACAUCAUCAGUGAGGUGAAAUAUAAGCAGGAGGGAAAGCAGAGUUUGUCCAGGCCUCUCUUCACACAGCUGUCUGAUACAUCACACACGCAAACACAACAACACAUUUCUGACACACACAGAGAGGUCAGAUACAAACAGAAAGAUGAUCAGAAGAGUUUAUAUUCACUGAUGCCUGAGACCUCAGAAACACAUCUGGCCAAACACACGAGUGACAUCCAGAGCGAGCUUCAGUACAAACAGGACAGUAAGAAGGAGGCAGAGAGUAAUUUAUACAGUCUUAUGCCAGAGACACUUCAAACUCAACACGCUAAACACACGUAUGAGCUGCAGAGUCACGUUAAAUAUAAAGAGAAUCAGGGAAACGCUGUGUCUCUUUAUGCUCAUCUGCCCGAGACACGAGACACUGAACACGCUAAACACGCCGGCGAGAUACAGAGUGAGCUGAAGUACAGAGAGACUGUGAAGAAAGAUCUGCCUUCAUCUUUAUAUUCUCACAUGCCAAACACACCAGAGAUACAGCGAGCCAAAGAUCUAAACACACUUCACAGUCAGGUGAAAUAUAAGAGAGAUAGUCAGAGGAACAUCAGCUCUUGUGGUUAUUCACAUCUGCCUGAUACUCCAGAGAUUGAGUUUGUGAAGACGGUGACUGAACUUCAGAGCGAUGUGAAAUAUAAAUCAGGUGCUAAAGAUCAGAUGAGCAGAUCUCUGUACCAUCAACUGCCUGAAACUUUAGAAACUCAACACGCUAAAGAAGCUUCACAGCUCCAGAGUCAGGUGAAGUAUAAAGAGAGACAUCAGAAAGAAGAUUCCUCAUCACUUUAUUCCCAACUGACUGAUACACCAGAGACUCAGAUGGCCAGAGAAAAGUCUGAUCUUUACAGUCAGGUCAGAUAUAAAGAGGACGGGAGGAGGAACGUCUCAUCUUCUCUUUACUCUGUGAUGCCCGACACUCCAGACACACAACACGCCAAACAACAGUGUGCACUACUGAGUGAGAAUGAGUACAGGAGAGAGGGUCAGGAGGAAUUAUCAGACUGUCUGUACUCACAGCUGCCUGAAACACUUCACACACAGUUUGUGAAAGACGUCACACCGCUCAUCAGUCAGAUGAAAUAUCAAGCGUCGGGUAAGAAGGAGAUGAGCACAGCUUUGUAUCACACACUGCCAGAAACCAAAGACACACAACACGCCCGAGACGCUUCAGACAUACAGAGCCAGAUCAAAUAUAAAGAAGGAAAGACAAAUCUGUCGUCCAAUGUUUACUCACAGCUGACACAAACACCUCAGACUCAAUUCACUGCUAAAGUUUCAGAGCUUCAGAGUGAUAAUAAAUACAGAGAGGAGGGCAGAAAAACACUGAGGACAAGUGUUUAUUCUCAACUGGCCGAGACGACAGACUCACAGUUUGUCAAGACAAUGACUGACCUGCAGAGUGAUGUGAACUAUAAAGCUGCAGGUAAGAAGCAGAUGACUGGCGCUUUAUAUUCUCUGCUGGCUGAGACGCUGGAAACACAACACGCACGAGAGAUCACACAACUGCAGAGUGAGAUUAAAUAUAAGGAGCAAGCGAAGAAGGAUAUUUCAGACAGUCUGUACGCUCGACUGCCAGAGACAACACAAACUCAACACAACAAAAACAUCUCUGAACAGCUCAGUCAGAAUAAAUACAAGCAGAAGGUCAAACAAGAGAUUUGUAAAAGUGUUUACUCAAAACUGACAGACACACAAGAGAUGAAAUUUGCCAAACAGAUGACACAACUCCAGAGUGAAAAUGAGUACAGGAGAGAGGGUCAUGAGGAAUUAUCAGACUGUCUGUACUCACAGCUGCCUGAAACACUUCACACACAGUUUGUGAAAGACGUCACACCGCUCAUCAGUCAGAUAAAAUACAAAGAAGAAGGAAAAAAGAUGAUGGAGUACUGCCUGUACUCACAACUUCCCCACACUACUGAAACACAACACGCCAAAGAACUGACAAAACUCUACAGUCAGAAGAGUUACACAAACGCAGGGAAAGUGGAAACACAAUCGUGUCUGUACACUCAGAUGCCUCAAACCAUUGAGAUGGAGUUUGCUAAAGAAGUGUCUAAACAUCAGAGCGAUAAAGCAUAUAAAGAGAAGUUUGAAUCUGAGAAAGGCAAAUCAGAUUACACACACAUGAAGAAUCUGCCUGAUGUGACACACGCCACACAGGUCAACAAACACCAGAGUGAUGUGUUGUACCGCAAGGGGAAAGAAGAAUCUCAUAAAAACAGUGAAGUGACAGACAGACCGGAUAUUCUUAAUGCCAUACGCGCCAAUAAACUCGCCAGUGACGUGAACUACAAGCAGAAGUUUGAAAAAGACAUUAGAGAACAGAGGCCUCAAUACAACCCCAAAGAGUGUGUGAGCUUCAAACAUGCACAAACUGCAUCUGAGCUGGCUAGUCAGGUGAAAUACAGUCAGAAGAAGUUUGAGACGGUGACAGAUGUACCGAACCUGCUUCAUCUGGGUCACACGCUACACGCCAGCAAACUCCAGAGCAACGUGGAGUACAGGAGGAAGUAUGAGGAGUCGAAGGGUCGCUAUCACUUCACUGCAGACACAGCAGAACAGCGCCACCAUCAGGAGAACGCUCUACUUCACAGUCAGGUGAAAUAUAAAGAAGAACAUGAGAAGAAUAAAGGCAGAACACAGCUGGAGUUUGUGGAUACACAGUCUUAUAAAGUGUCCAAAGAAGCUCAGAAGAUCCAGAGCGAGAUCGAGUAUCGUAAGGAGUAUAAGUGCAGUAUUAAAGGGAGGGUUCUAUUGGAGGCAGAUCAGACGCCUGUGUAUCUCACCGCUCGCAACGCCAGCGCUCUCAUGAAUCAGAAGGAGUAUCGUAAGGAUCUGGAGCAGGAGGUGAAGGGUAAAGGUCUUACAGGUCUUGAAGAAACUCCAGAGCUCCAGCGAGUGAGAAAUGCCGGACACAUUCUCAGUGAGAAGGAAUAUCGUAAAGAUCUGGAGCGAGAGAUCAGAGGGAAAAGAUCAGACAUCACAUCAGACAGUCUGGACAUCCAGAGAGCAAAGAAAGCAUCUGAGAUCAACAGUGAUGUGUUGUACAGACAGUCCUCUCAGUUGAGAGAACAUUCAUAUGGUACAGUGACGGAUACACCAGCACUACUGCAUUCGGCAUAUCUCAAAGACAUCUACAGUCAGAAGAAAUAUUGUGAUAAUGCUGAGAGGCUGAAGGGUUCAUAUGUUGCUGUGUCGGACAUUCCAGAGAUCCAGAGAGUGAAAAACAACCAGCGUAACAUCAGUCCACUGUUGUACACUUGGGAUUCUAAACUGUUGAGAGGUCUGACAUCAGCGAUCAAUGAGACUCCUGAGAUCAAACUGGCCCGAGAAAACACCAAAAACAUCAGUGACGUUCAGUACAGAGAGAGUGUGGGGUCGGGCACAGCAGUGACACAUACACCUGAGAUGGAACGAGUUCGCAGAAACCAAGAAAACAUCAGUGAUGUGAAAUACAAGAAAGCAGUUGAUCCAGUGAGUGUGGGUGUGACACCAGAACUGGAGCGGAUCAAACAGAAUCAACAGAACAUCAGCUCGGUGCAGUAUCAGAGGGGAUUACAGGAGGUCAAAGGUCACUCCUGCUCUGAGUUUGAUACGCCUGAAAUGAGGCGUGUGCGGAAAUCACAGGACUCUGUUUCCAUGGUAGCGGGACUGUGGCAUCUCCUCCAUGUCAAGUAUCAUGAGGAGUUUGAACGCACACGAGGUCGAGGUGCCUCCCACGCCCUCCAUGAGAAGCAAACGACACGUCUCCACGGAGACCAUCAGAUGGGCAGCAGUGAGGGUUACCAUGGCACCCAGCCACAUGUGCUGGACACUGACCGCAGGUCUGCAGCCACAGAGCUGAAGGUUUGGAGAACUGAUCCAGGAUCCAUCUUUGAUUUUGAUCCACUGGAGGAUGAUAUUCAGUCUAUAAGUCUGCGCAGAAUGACGGAGCGUGUUUGUCAUCAGUCAAGGCAGCAGUGUGCGCAGUCGGUGUCGUCUUGUGCGCAGUCGGUGUGCAGUUCUCUGGGAUCUGAGUUCUGGGCGGAUCAGAGCGCUUCGGUGUGCAGCAGCAGCGCUUCUGUUCUGCACGAACGUUCGGCUUCAGGUGUCUAUCAGCAUCAUGUGCAGGGACACAUGCAGCCCACCCGAAGCGUUCAGUCAUCCCCCCACUCAAGCAACAUGAGGGUGUAUCGAGCUCUAUACGAUUACUCUGCACAAGAUCAUGAUGAAGUUUCCUUUCGUGACGGUGACGUGAUCAUUAACGCUCAGCCCAUCGAUGAGGGAUGGAUGUUCGGAACUGUUCAGCGGACGGGAAGAUCCGGCAUGCUUCCCUCCAACUACGUGGAAUGUUUCAACUGAGAAACGUCGUCCAUUCCUGUUCUUGUGUUUGUCUGUCUGUGUUCAUCUUUAAAGCACAUUGCACACAUUCAUGUGGUUUCUUUACUUCCAGCUUCUGUUCUUCAUUAAAUUUUUGUCCCGUAUGAGUCUCGUCAUACUGACACGCCAUCAGAUUUCAGGUCUAAACCGCAAUAAGUGCUGAUCUUUUUCUGCUCUCAGGAUCUGCUGUUAUAUUUCCAGAGAAGAGAAUGUUUUACAUGUCGGGGAACUCGCACUGUUUGUUGUGACAUCACAGAAGUGUUUAGUGUUCAUUGGUUAUUUUAGAUUUGAUUAACUGACCUUCACAAGUACUGAAACAAACACAACUGAAAAGAUUCUCUGCGUGUCACUUGAUCAAGAAACAUCUGAAACAUCUAGUGUUUGUACUCUUUGUUUCUUUGUGUUACUUUUUUGUGUGCGUGCGUGUGUGUAGGGGGGUGUACUUUAGAAUGUGGAUUUAUUUGUGGUAAAUAACACUGAUCUGAUUUCACACAUUAACGUACAAGUUGAUAUAUCUAACAGUUGGAUUGGUGUAGUCAAAUGUUUGCAGUGAAGGACAUGCUGACCACAGAUCAGCGUCUAUCAUGAUUUCAUCAUCUCACAGUUCACAUGACGCACAAUCUGUCGAGAAGACCUCACUGUAUUUGAAUCUUUCAUUCUUAUUUUAGCAUGUAAACAAAUUCUGCUGGUGACUGUUAUAACAGACUAAAUAUAUGGUGUUUCAUAUACACUGUGCUCUUGUGUCUAUCUUACACUCAAUUAAAUAGCACUUAUUUAACAUUUUAUUAAGAAUAAACUCAUAAACUUGUUUUAAUCUCAGUGACAACUAAAAUAUGACUUCUGUUCCCUUUUAAUCAUCUGAAUGCACACAAAUAGUGUGAAAGGUGGUGAUCAGUACGUGAUGAAAGCAUCAUGGUCGAUGAGUUAAAGUGAAUGAUCAGCAGGUUUUCAAGUGGAAUGCAGAUGUGUACUGGAUGCAAUUGAAAGUCGAUUCUAAAGUUUGGGUUUUUAUGGGUUAUGUUGAAUUUAUUUGUCACAUCACUGUUUUUCUGCUAACAUGUGUAGUGUUUCACAAUGAAAUAAAUUAAAAAGCUGUUACCAGCA